GUAUCAUCUAUCACUCACCUACGCUAGCCACGCCCGCACAGUUGACCGACAAGUUGGACUCCCUCUCUCUCAACGGUCAACCUUCGUCCCAGUCUCAAGGGUAGAAUAGUAGCAUCUUUCAUCCUCCAGCGUAUUAAUUGUUACUUGUUGCACGUUCCCAUCUUUGCAUACUCAUCUCCUCUGCCCUCACCAUCGCAAUCCUUGCACGAAACCCGUUGCCAACCCUCGUAUCUGUUUGACCUCACAACUCGACCUUGUCCAGAACGACAACCACUGAGCAAAUUAUUACUGUGCGACCAGUCCCGACUCUCCAUCCCACUCGUUUCACAUCGGUAGGUCGGGCAGCCUGCCGCCAUGCCCGGCAUGCCUCACGAGGAGCAGCUCCCCUUCUGGCUGGUCAACGUGCCCAGCGACCAAUGGCCUGCCGAGUGUCCUGAGGCGCUCAAGGCCUGUAACGAGAAGGACCGUCGAAUCAUCGGAACCCCGGAUUCGGAAUAUGAGCUCGUGUCUUGGGAGGUUGCUCUCGAAUGGAUCCGAAUCAACCGCGUCGACAGGUUCCACCGCGUGCCGUCGCAACUGCGCAAAUACCGCCUGUUCACGCACAAGCUGAUCAAAGAGCACGGAAGCAUCAUGAACUUCAUCGUCAACGAGAGGCUGAAGUGGAAGUCCUUGGCACCUCGCGGUCUGCCCUUCGAGUACGACGACGACAUCAAAAUCCUCCACAACGACUGGCCCUACGGCGUGUCCCCCUCAAUCGUGCACCUCGUCGUCUGGACGAAGUUUGACCUCCCCGAGGCCCCCGGCACCGACGACCUGGAGCCCGCGCUGCGCGCCCAGAUCGACGCGUACGUGGAGCGCACGUUCGUGAAGGAGGGCGGACUGCCGCCGACCAGCGUCGCGUGGUUUAGGAACUGGCAGAGCUUGAAGAGCGUGCAUGCGAUCGAGCACUUUCACGUCAUGCUGUACGAGCCGGAGGCGGGGUUUGUGGAGAGGAUUACGGGCGGGGAUGUGCCGAUGGCGGCGUUGGUUGGGUGAUGAUAUCGAUGGGGCUGUGGUUGUUCUCUGUGUGAUUAUUGUAGUGAUGGGCGUGUUAUGAUAUAGCGAUGGUUCCCUUUUCUCCCGUCUAUUAGUCGUAUUAUAGCGAUACAUAUACGUGUAAUGACUUCAUG